AAGAGAGACUCAGCACCAGUUUUUUCUCUCACAAGACUGAUCGGCAAUCUGAGUUCAUGAUGCAGCUUUAUGGAGCUCUGAUCCUGUGUGUGACUCUGUCUGCAGCAUGUGGAUUAAUGUGCUACUCAUGCACAGCAGCUGAUCCUAAAUCCUGCACAGACACCACAUCUUGUGCUGUCGCCUUCAACCAUUGUUACUCUCUCAGAGUAGACGGUAUUAAUGCUGUUACCAAGGGCUGCCUAACCAGUUUAGCCUGUGUCAGUCCUGUAUCUUGCUGUGAAGGGGACCUGUGUAACAGCGCUAUUCCAACUGGUCCCAGUGUCAUCCUGCUGCUGGUGUCCUCAGCCAUCCCCAAAUUCCUUUUCUGAGGCUGUGGAAUGAUGCUGUUUCCAUGCUGUGUUUUUUCUCAUUUGUGCAAAUAAGAAAAAAAAAAAAAAGCAACUCUUAAGUUGAUAUUAAAUGAAAAUUUCAUUUGUAUUUUUUUUUUUUUUAUCAUAUGAUCAUUUGAUGUCAUUUGGGAUCGUCCUAUUCAAAUGUUGUAUAGCUUGAAUGCGAACUUUCCCUAAAGCAAAGUGCUUCAGGUUCUGUGGGUGUUUAGUAUCACACGUUAAAGGUGCUAUUUCUUGGUUGAUUUAAGUGCCUUCACAUUUUCUGUCAACUGUCACAUAGAGGAAUAAAAUGCAAAAAUA